AUCUUAAGGAAAUCUAUAGUAUUUUUAAUUUUGGAGAGGAGCAGCCAUGGAUAUGUCAUCGCUUCAUAACCAUUUGCCAGGAAGGCGAAAAGAAACAAAGAGUGAACAAGAUGAUUUACUUUCAACAUUUAAAGCAGCAGCGCUUUCAGUUACGAAUUUAUAUAGACAAGCAUUGACGGCAGCGGGUCAAGAACGGCAAGAAGGGUUUCAAGAUGCUGUUGAGGAGAUGUUGAUGCUUUUAAAUGAUGGUAUUACGGAUAUUGAGAGUCUUCGUGAGUGGUGUAUUGCACGACGUAGAAAUGAGGGGAAUUCAUAUUCAUCAUCAAAUUUUUCAGAAGAAUCUAAUCAUAAUACAUCAUGUACAAAUUCAUUAGAUUUAAACUUUUCAAAACCGACCUUAUCAUCGAGUCCUACACCUCAGUGCUUUCAAAAUAUAUUAACGGAGCGGACUGAGACAUUAUAUGAUUCAAAUAAUCCAUCUAACGACGAAAAUAUAUCAUUUCAGCUCAUUGAUUCACCUCGUUUGUCAACUAAACAUCGUAUCAUUUUCAAUGAUUCUAAAAACGUAUCUUCAAAGAAAUGUCGUCAUUUUUAGUUUUUUGAUUUACGUUUAUUCUAUCUAACUAUUUCUUUACUUUCAU